AUGCAGCACGUUCUUCAAGCCGGGCUGUCUGCCGGCAUGUCGGCGGUCACUGGCGUUCAUCAUGGCAAGCACACCAAGCCCAACCCGGUUGACCCUUCAUUUGAUGGCCUCGCCGCCGUGAAGCCCGAAGACUGGAUAUCCACCGCCGACCAGAAAGUCACGUACAAAGGAAAAAAUGGUGAUGUUCAAGCACCACCUCUGUGCAUCGGUGCAUGGUCCUGGGGCGACACUUCGACCUGGAACUGGAAGCCUGAGGAAGAGCCUCACGUAGUCGAAGCAUGGAAGCACUGCGUCAGCAAAGGGGUCAACUUCAUCGACACCGCCCAGGUCUACGGCACUGGUAGAAGUGAAGCAAUAUGCGGAAAGUUAUUCCAAGGAAUGCCACGAGACAGCUUCAUCAUCCAAACAAAGUACUUUGUCGUCCCCCAGGCAAAAGAUAUCCUCCACCCCGUCGACGCCCCACUCAAGAAGCUAGAAACCAGUCUCAAGAACUUUGGCCUCAACUACGUUGACAUUUACCUCGUGCACGGACCCAUCCACCUCCAAACUAUUCCAAUGAUCGCAAAAGGCAUGGCCGCCUGCGUCGAAAAGGGCAUGACGAAGACUAUCGGUGUAGCAAACUACAGUCUGGCAGAUAUGAUCAAGAUGCAAGAAGAGCUGUCUAAAUACGGCGUCCCACUAGCCAUCAACCAAGUCGAAUUUUCCGUCCUGCGCCGAGAACCAGAACUCUCUGGUCUGCUGCAGGCGUGCAAAGAACGCGGUAUCGUACUGCAGUCGUAUUCUUCUCUCGCUCAGGGCCGGCUUACUGGAAAGUAUACGGCUGAUCACCAGCCGCCUAAGACGUAUCGCUUUUCCAGCUACGACAUGAAGGAUAUCGAGCCGGUCAAUGCAACGCUCAAGGUUAUUGCGGAGAGGCAUGGUGUCCCGAUUAGUGCUGUGGCGCUGAAUUACAACCUUUGCAAGGGGAUUACGCCGGUUGUUGGGAUUAGGAAGGAAGAGCAGGCUCGUUAA